GCGGCACCGGGCCACCGGGCGGCAGAGCCGGGCAGCGGGGGCCGCCAUGGAGUACGUGACCCGCCGAGCAGCUGGCGGGUUUCGGCAAGUACAAGUAUAGUGCCGUGGACAGUAACCCCCUGUCUCUGUAUGUCAUGCAUCCCUUCUGGAACACGAUAGUGAAGAUCUUCCCUACCUGGCUGGCCCCAAAUUUGAUAACGUUUUCUGGCUUCCUGCUGCUUGUCUUCAACUUCUUCCUCAUGGCAUACUUCGACCCUGACUUUUAUGCUUCUGCUCCUGAUCACCAGCAUGUUCCAAAUGGAGUGUGGGUCGUUGUGGGUCUCCUCAACUUCAUUGCUUAUACGUUAGAUGGCGUUGAUGGGAAACAAGCUCGCCGGACCAACUCCAGCACACCCCUGGGAGAGCUCUUUGAUCAUGGCCUGGACAGCUGGGCUUGCGUGUACUUUGUCGUGACAGUUUACUCCACCUUUGGACGGGGCUCCACUGGUGUCAGUGUCUUUGUUCUCUACCUCCUCUUAUGGGUGGUCUUGUUUUCAUUCAUCCUCUCCCACUGGGAGAAGUAUAACACAGGGAUUCUCUUCCUGCCCUGGGGAUAUGACAUCAGCCAGGUGACCAUUUCAAUUGUCUACAUAGUGACAGCCAUUGUGGGAGUUGAGGCCUGGUAUGCACCUUUCCUGUUUAAUUUCUUAUAUAGAGACCUAUUCACUGCAAUGAUUAUUGCCUGUGCACUCACUGUGACGCUGCCGAUGAGCCUGUAUAACUUCUACAAGGCCUAUAAAAAUAACACCUUGAAGCACCACUCUGUGUAUGAAAUCAUGCUGCCGCUGGUAUCCCCAGUGUUGCUGUUCCUGCUCUGCACCACAUGGAUCUUUGUGUCCCCGACAGACAUCCUGGAGGUCCAGCCGAGACUCUUCUAUUUCAUGGUUGGAACAGCCUUUGCUAACAUUUCUUGCCAACUGAUCGUCUGUCAGAUGAGCAGCACGCGCUGCCAGCCUCUGAACUGGAUGCUGCUCCCCAUAGCAGUGGUGCUGUUCGUGGUGAUGUUCGGGUUUGCACCAAACAGCGAAACGCUUCUCCUCUACAUGUUAACUGCUUUCCUCACCCUGGCGCACAUCCACUACGGAGUGGUCGUGGUGAGCCAGCUGAGCAGGCACUUCAAUAUACGGCCCUUCUCACUAAAGAAGCCCACAGCAGAUUGACUAGGAGUGGAGGAAGAGAAAAUCAGCUUGCGGUCUGCAGAAGUACUGUAAAUAACCGCUGGAAAUACCUGUAAAUACUUCAACCAUCACCACAGAUCUAAACCUAUCCUCUGGAAAGACAUCAGGGCAAAGUACGCACGGUAUCUAGUGCAGCCAGGGCAGGACUGGCAUGGGGCAGCCCCUGCUGCUGUUUGAUGAAUGUAAGCUUUCGGUUUUGGGUGAAACUGGAUGAGGAGGGUAACCUUUCAGGUCACUAUUACUGUAUAUUAGACCAGCUGAAUGUUCCCAGUGAAACCUCGGACUGAGUCUCUUGGUCAGGUGGAGCUGAUUGAGAGUGCAGGUGGUUUUACCUGAGCAAAGCAUCUUGGCCUGUCACCAAAACCCACAUAAUGGCUGAUUUCUAAAAGGUCAGGGGAACAUCCUGGUGGUUGGGGGAGUUUGUCUGCCCCUAUUCCUGCUAGACAGCCCUUGACCUGGGCUGGGACUUAGGGAGCAGAUGGUGACAGUUCUCCCACAUUCUGUCCUGCCUUCCUGCAUUCACCUAUUUGCUAUUUGGGCAAAUACUUGCACCUUUUUUCUUUUCUUUUCUUUUUUUUUUUCCCCCAAGAGGGGGAAAAAAAAAAAGAAACACCACACAAAACUUCUAGUAAUACUCUGCUUGGGGGCCUUAAAACAUCAGGGCUCAAUUUCUUGUAAAAGCAGGAAGGCAGCUUCUGCCUCCUUGGCUCGAGCUGUGGAUAUCUGGGACCACAUCUCGACUGUGUUCCUGUUUGUGUGUGUUCCCCGCCUGAGUGUGGGGUCUGGGCUCUGGUCAGCAGCAGGAAGAGGCUUACACCAGCCUAACACAGAGCCAGACUCCCCCCCUCUUCCUACCACUAUGAACUUGCUGUUUCAGGUUGGCUGUGCUGGGUCAUUGCAUGCUGCCUGAGCCUCUUCCUUUGUAGCAGCACAGCCAGUCUUGGUUUGCACAUCGCCCUUCCCACCAGACCAUCAACAGCAGCAAAUCCACCACUUAGAGAAGCACGUUAAUAAGUGUUGUGUUGGUUGUGCGUGCAGUUUCAGAAAGCUCACAGGUGUAUGUGUGGUGGAGUCCUUUCCGAGUAUCACUUCAUUUUCAAAACAGUUGUCCCCAGCGGCUGCAUGUCUCAUCCAGAGAUAUAUUUGUUUACUGUCCAUUUGUAAAAGACGUUUGCAUUGAUUGUUUUUUUUUUUAAUUUGUUUUUGUAAUUGAGUUAAGAGUGGGGUGGUGAAGACUGAAUGCUGAUUUUCUUUUCUGUUCACUUUAUUUAAUGAAGACCUGUGCUUGAAUGAAGAGUGUAGCUUAAACCCAGGCUCUGGAAAGGCUGCAUCCGGAAGCGAACAAGCGCAGCAGGUUGUGCAUAUGUAAUUUACCAUGGGAACAAAGUCACUUAUACAUUGAUUAUUGUGCAACGUGGUUCAUGGAAGCUUGGUCACAGCAUUUUCCUUCUGCAGGUGAAGACUCCUCCUGCUUUAGGAAACCUUCAAACUGUAACUAGUAUUUAAUGCUUUUUCUUUUGUAAAUUUGAGUCAUUGUCAUGCAGAGUAUGAGACUUGAAAUCCUGAGGCGAGCUCGUGCAUUCACAGGGUGUGACAUUGGGGUUGCUCAGUCACGGUACACCCUGGGAGGAACGCGCUGGUGCGUUCGUCUGGGCUGACAUUGCGGGAGGGCUCGGCUGAACGUCUGCGUGCUCCUGUGUCUGUAUGGCUAUGGCGCGUCUGGGAAGGGUGCCUAAUCUGGGAGAGGGGGCAAAUGGUUUUCAGAGUUUAUUAAAUAAAGUAGCUUACUCCUAUAUAUUUUACUGACAUUGUACAGAAAAAAAAAAAAAACCCUAAGCAUACAAAUGAAUUGGGCUGUGCUUGAAUUUUUUACUUACUAUUUAAUGAAAUACAGUUAUGAAGGGAGAUAAAUUUAAGUCACACUCACACAAGAACUACAGGGAAUCUUAAAACGGGACACAACACUUAUCUAUGGGACAUGUUCAAGUAGCAGAUGGACCAGUACUAAUGCUGUGAGAAGUUGUCUGAUCUUAAAUCUUAGGAUGUCACUUUGUCUCCAUAAUACGCUGUUUGUCUGUCAUCUCACCUAGCUGUGAGCUGGUGUGUAUUACAGCACGUAAUAUACCCUGAAAAAACCCUUUGUGAAGUUACAAACAUGGAAGCAGGACUUCCUGUCUAAAAUCCUGCAAAUGCUUGUCAUGCUGUAGGAGAAACCUGUCUCAAAAACUGGAACCGCUUCAUGUCUGACAGGCUUUAUCUUUGGAGAGUCCUGGAUUUUUGGUGCCUUAAUUUAUUGCACCUUAAAACUAGAAAAAAUAUCUCCUUGAAUCAGUGCUGGUAAACAGGCUUGCUUGUCUCUAGUACUACCAGGCUUGUGCUGGAGUGAGGAGAGUGGGUCUGACCUCGGUGCACGUAUGGCUCUGUUCCCAGCUCAUGCUGCUGCAAAGCUGCAGGAGGUUCUGCUUGGGCUGUUAGAAAUUAAGUGAUUUCUGCUCCCGCAUUUUGGGAGGGGAAUGGAAACACACAGAAAGACCAAUCCAUUGUGCCGUGGUGGGAUGCGGCAUGCUGAGAAACUACUUAUUAUUAAUAACGGUUUUAAGCCUUGAGAAUAAAUAUAUUCCUUGUGAACAGCAUCUGAGGGUGGUUGUGUCACGGUGGUGGUUGCUUUCCUUGUUGGCUAGACUCUGCACUUGUGCUGGGAUGUGCUCUUUGGGGUGGGACAGGGUCAUGCACGGUCUGGGUAGGAUGUGUGCUUGCUCCUCAGCUCCUGCCUGCUAUUUGAAGGCUGAUCCAUGUUGCCUCUUCUUCCAGGGAUAGUGUUAGUCGUAUUUUCUUAAUUACUGAUGGACCUGCUGAGUUGGUAACAGCACUGUCUUAAGCUUUCCUAAAUCUCUUUUGCACAUUUUAUCUCAAUACAGAGUGUUACCAGGAAAAAAAAAACUGUUCAGGGAGGUGUGUGGUCUUUUGAGACCCACUGGGAUGUCUGUCUCCUGGCCUCUGGAUCCAGGCAGGACUUUGUGCUGUGGGAAGAGGUGGUGGCACUGCCAGCUCCUCCUGGUCCUUGCCAUGCUGUGUCCAGUCAGCCUUUGCUCUGAGGCAGGUUUUUGUGGGAGCCUGGGACACACCAAUGUGUUGACGCAGGACUUGCACAGCCAAGGCAGAGGCAGCUUUGCUUGCAGGCCUUUUUCGUUUCGGUCUUGUGGUUCAGGAGCUGGGGCUCCUGCCUCUGCACCGCGCCACGGACCUAGAGCAGGAAUUCACAAGCAGAGCCGGGGCUGAGGGUGAAGUGCAGGUUUUGGGAUCUCCUGGGGUUUGGCCAAAAGUUGUUUUUAGUGCAACGACCACAUUUUACAAGAACAAAUGCUGCAGCUGAGCUGUGGGCCUACAAACAAGCACCUACGUGCUGUGGUUUUCAGCUUGUUCCUUCCUCCGGUGUGUCUGUGCCACAGCUAACACGUCUCUUUUGCAGCCGGUCACUGCAGGGGCUCGACAGCAGUCCCUCCACUUGUAAACAUCCAUCACCUGAUAACAGGCAGCUUUACCAGAGCCAGGGGAGCAGCAUGUUGUAAGCAUGAGCUUCUGAGGCUCUGGAAACAUGUAUUUAAGCUCCUUAAAUAGAGCUGGUCUGAUGUUACCUCCUGGGUGUGUCGAGUACCUGCAGCGUGUGGUCUGAGAGCGGCUUUGAUCUCAGUUGGGUCAGUUCUAGCAAGGCCUCUAAACAAUUCUCCUCUGAGAGCAUCUGUGGCUGCUUGCAAUAGACCUGGCAAGUCUCUAGAGAAGUAGUGUUUUUUUUAGAAAGUGGCUCAGAUAUUUUUUUUUUUCAUACACGGGUCCAAGGGAACAGUUGAUUUGUGUGCAGCCGUGAGUGGAGCUCUGGUCGCCUUAGGCCAUAGCUGAACUGUCCAUGGGGUUUCUGUAUCCUGAAACCUGCAGGAGCUUCCCUGAAACAGUCUUGUUUCCGGUUGUCCCUUUUUGCUUAGCAUGCGUGGCUUGCUUGAGAAGCAGGAGUCCCUCAGUGCACCAGGGUUCCCUUACAACCCCCCAUCCCAAAAUCUUCCAGUGCAGUGUGUCAGCCUUGCUGUGGUGCCAUGGGCCAGUGGUGGGGAUGAAGCUGGGUCGGCUAAAAGCUUAUUUACUUUUUUGCUUUUCUAAUGCAGAUCCACAGCCUGCUGCCUUGGCUCCUCCUGCUUUUGCCCACCUGUUCUACCUCACCAUGCUGUGUUGAAGCAGCAGCUGAGGUGACGUGGAGGCGGUUCUUGGUGGGACAUAGUGACAAUGGGUGCCACGCUGACCUCUUUGCUUUUAGAAGAGGUCACUGCUACUUAGUAGAAGACCCUUUGGCCCACGCAGUGGGGUCAGACUAGGCUUGAGAGGCUGCUAGGCUGGUCUUGAGGAGGCGGUCAGGGCAUCACUGCCCUGGAGCAGAGGCUCUCGGUGAAAUUUGCUGCUCACCUUGUAAGGUGCUGUUCGUCUUGGCCAGUGGCAUUCAUGGUGGCCAUUUGGUGGGAGCUGGUGCUAUGCUUCAGGCUGGAGACCUCAUCCACAGAGUAGUUCGGGUUGGAAGGGACCUUAAAGAUCAGCUAGAUCCAACCCCCCUGCCAUGGCCAUGAAUGCUUUCCACUAGACUGGGUUGCUCAAAGCCAUAUCCAGCCUGGUCUUGAACACUUCCAGUGGUCUACCCUGCCUUCCCUCCCUCCCAGCAGGGAGACUGACCUGCUUCUGUCCCUCAAGCUCUUAGUUGAAGCGGGUGCUGAUCUCAGCAGUGGUCCGUGUUGCGCUGGCACCAGCCCCUCUGGAAGGAGGGUGGUGGGUCCCAGGCUGGUUUCGGCUCUGGUCUUUUAAGAGUGUGCUGCAUCGCUCUCUUCUACAGCUGUAACCCUGCACGUAAAGGCAAAGCAAGGCAGCAGCGUCAAACCCAACCUGCAGGAGCGGGGUGGACCCAGGGCAUUUCAGACUCAACCCUUACCUCUUGAGUGGUUUUGCAAACAGUCCCUGCUCUCCGGCCCUCUGCUAUAAAUGCAGGACAGAGACCUUCUCUGCAGCCCUUCAGAGCGUCUUCAAAGGCACCUUUCUGUGGCUAUUCACUUUUCCUAGGCAGGGUGGGAAAGGAGUUAGUGAUGCUGCCUUGUCCUUCUGGAAACAAAGUUGGAGGCACAAAGUGGGCCCUCCUGCUCCGUCUUCUGCCACCGACCCUCUGUGCAGUGGGGCUGGAGAGGCAGUGCUGCUGGCUGCUGUCCCAGUUCCCAGGACUGGGGGGGCUGUGAAAUGAUGCAGGGAAAGAUGCGUUUGGUGCUUGUGAUGCUAUGGUGGUUUGGUUCUGUCCAUUCCCCCCUGAGCCUUUCAGAGGAGCCGCUGUCACACUGACAGCAGCAGCCUGGCUGCCCUGGGACUCUGGGUGCUCUGCCGGGCUCCUCACCGGAGCCAAGCGAGCUCAGUCCCUUGACGCAGGGGUACCCCUAAAGAGACAUCAGAUCAAGCAGCCUGGCCACAUUCCCAGGGAGCCUGAUCACAUCCCCGGAGUCCUGUCUCUGGGAGUUUAGGUACUGCAGUGAUUUGAAUUCCAGUCUGUUAAAUGCUAUUACUGAAAUAUUUAUUGUGUUUAAACCAAACAAAAAACUAUUAUUCAGUAAAGAAUAAAAUUUUCCAAGCCUUUUAA